AUGCACGAACGUGGUGUGCGCACACUUUGGGGGGUGUUCCAGCACUGCCGGCCAAAUUCCUGGGACUGGACAGCUGCAGCUGAACACAGGGGUGCGCGGGUGUGGCGGCAGCUGCGCCGGCCCCGCGAGCCCUGCGAGUCCCGCCGUCUCUCCCGGGCUCCCCGGCACCAGGACCACAAGGCUGAGGGGUUUCUCUUCGCCUGGAUCUUGGUCUCGUUUGCCUGUCACCUGGCCUCCACCCAAGGAGCUCCUGAAGAUGUGGACGUCCUCCAGAGGCUGGGCCUCAGCUGGACAAAGGCAGGGGGCAGCCGGAGCCCUGCGCCCCCGGGCGUCAUUCCGUUCCAGUCAGGCUUCAUCUUCACGCAGCGGGCCCGGCUGCAGGCCCCCACGGCCACUGUCCUUCCUGCUGCCCUGGGCACAAAGCUGGCGCUGGUGCUGAGCCUCUGCUCCCACCGUGUGAACCAUGCCUUCCUCUUCGCCGUCCGCAACCGGAGGCAUAGGCUGCAGCUGGGUCUGCAGUUCCUCCCAGGCAAGACGGUCGUCCACCUGGGGCCCCGGCGCUCUGUGGCCUUCGACCUCGACGUGCACGACGGGCGCUGGCAUCACCUGGCCCUCGAGUUCCGCAGCCGCUCCGUCACCCUGGUGACGGCCUGUGGACGCCGCCGCGUGCCCAUCCCGCUGCCUUUCCAGAGGGACCCCACGCUUGACCCCCAGGGCUCCUUCCUCCUGGGGAAGAUGAGUCCUCACGCCGUCCAGUUUGAGGGUGCCCUCUGCCAGUUCAGUGUCCACCCCGUGGCGCAGGUCGCUCAUAAUUACUGUGCCUAUUUGAGGCGGCAGUGUGGACGCGCCGAUCUGUACCGGCCCCAACUGGGGGCCCCCUUCCCUCCGGACUCUGGCAGUCCCUUUGCCUUCCAGCCUGACUUGGCCUUUCUUGGCCUGGAAAACCUCACCUCUGCCACCCCAGCCCUGGGGACACGACCCACAGGCAGGGUGCCCACAGCAACGGUGGCUCCGGCCACAGCCCUCAGGCCCCUAAGGACUAACCCUGGAGACCCUCCUCAGCAUAGUGCUAGGGGAGACCCAGCCUGGACCCCACUGCCGCCUGCAAAGCUGUCCACCAGAAAAGCACCUCCUCCCCUGCCCCCGGCAUCUCUGAACAGCGCCACCCAAACUCCUCGUCCUGCUGUUGCCCAGCCACGGCAGAAGAUCUCAGCCACCGAGAACCCUAAGCCUUCAGCUCCUUCAGUCAUCCCUGCCAAAAGCCCCCAUCCUACCCUGAAGACAGCUCCCCCUUCAUUCACAAAGUCAGCCCCACCCUCCCAGAAGCCAGUGCGUCCCACCUCCGUCCCGGCUCUUGCCAUAGCUUCUGGUGCCCAGGGGAAGCCAACGCAGAGGGGUCCCCAGACACCACGACCUCCACUGCCCAGUGCCCGGCCCCUGCCACCUGCCUCCGGCUCCUCUAAAAAGUCUAUUCCCCUAGUAGCCCAAACAGAGGCCAAGCUGACCAGCCGUGCUGGCAAGCCAGUCUCUGCCCGUCCCAGCACCCCCAAACCUCCCCAGCCCACUAUUUUGCACCAGUCUCCUGCCCUCAGUUCUGGCUCCACCAGAACCGCUCGGCCACCAGCCACCACCAUCGUGUCUCCAACCUCACACACUGGAACUCCCAGAACAGCACCUCCUACCUUUGCUCUUGGUCCAGUCGCCGCUGGAAGCAAGAAGCCCACCGGAUUGGAGGCCUCCAAGAAAGCAGGGUCCAAGAGCAGUCCCUGGAAUCCUGUUCCCUUCUGGUCUGGGGAAACAUUCGGGGAUGUCCCACUGAGAGACUUGACCACCAGGCCCAGUCGGCAGACUACUCCAGCUCCAGUUUUGGCUCCAGCGCGAGUUCUGAGCUCCACUUCCUGGCCCACAAACAGCGGCUACUCUUUCUUCCACCUUGCCGGACCCACACCUUUCCCCCUGCUGUUGGGACCUCCAGGACCCAAGGGAGACUGUGGCUUGCCAGGUCCCCCAGGGUUGCCUGGGUUACCUGGACCUCCUGGUACACGAGGGCCUCGGGGUCCUCCUGGGCCAUAUGGAAACCCAGGUCUGCCUGGUCCACCUGGAGCCAAAGGACAGAAAGGAGAUCCGGGGCUUUCACCAGGCCAGGCCCACGAUGGAGCAAAGGGUGACAUGGGCUUGCCUGGGCUCUCCGGGGAUCCAGGACCGCGGGGACGGAAGGGACACAAAGGCUAUCCUGGACCCGCAGGACACCCUGGAGAAGAGGGGCAGCUGGGAGCUGAGGGCAGCCCAGGGGCCAAAGGUUACCCUGGCAGGCAGGGGCUACCCGGACCUGUAGGAGAGCCUGGCCCCAAAGGCAGCCGGGGCUACAUCGGACUGCCAGGGCUCUUCGGCCUGCCUGGGUCUGAUGGAGAACGGGGUGUACCUGGCGUUCCUGGCAAGAGGGGCAAGAUGGGUAGGCCGGGGUUCCCUGGAGACUUUGGGGAGAGAGGCCCCCCAGGACUGGAUGGAAAUCCUGGAGACCUGGGCCUUCCAGGGCCCCCAGGAGUCACUGGCCUUAUUGGUGACAUGGGAGCUUUGGGUCCGAUUGGCUACCCAGGACCCAAGGGCAUGAAGGGGCUGAUGGGCGGCGUGGGGGAGCCCGGACUGAAAGGUGAUAAGGGUGAACAAGGGAUCCCAGGUGUGGCGGGCGAUCCUGGCUUUCAAGGAGACAAGGGAAGCCAAGGGCUGCCGGGGUUCCCGGGUGCACGCGGGAAGCCAGGACCUCUGGGUAGAACUGGAGACAAAGGCUCUCUAGGGUUUCCUGGGCCCCCCGGACCCGAGGGAUUCCCAGGAGACAUUGGCCCACCUGGGGACAAUGGCCCUGAAGGCCUGAAGGGUAAGCCUGGAGCCCGAGGCCUGCCAGGACCCAGUGGACAGCUAGGGCCAGAGGGAGAUGAGGGACCCACAGGGCCUCCCGGAAUCCCUGGCUUGGAGGGUCAAUCGGGCAGGAAAGGAUUUCCUGGAAGGCCUGGCCCUGAUGGCUUGAAGGGGGAGCCAGGCGAUCCUGGACGGCCAGGGCCUGUGGGCGAGCAGGGGCUCCUGGGAUUCAUUGGUCUGCUCGGGGAACCAGGAAUCACGGGAGAGAAGGGUGAUCGCGGCAUGAUGGGGCCCCCAGGUGCACCUGGACCCAAGGGGUCGAUGGGUCAUCCUGGAAUGCCAGGUAGUGUCGGGACCCCUGGAGAGCCUGGGCCUCCGGGUGCUCCUGGAUCUCGAGGCCCACCAGGCGUGAGGGGAGCUAAGGGUCGCCGGGGCCCACGAGGACCAGAUGGACCAGCUGGGGAGCAGGGGUCCAAGGGUCUGAAGGGCCCUGCAGGACCUCGAGGUAGACCAGGCCAGCCUGGACAACAGGGUGCGGCUGGCGAACGGGGCCACUCGGGCCCACAAGGCUUCCUCGGCAUCCCGGGUCCCUCGGGCCCCCCAGGUGCCAAGGGCCUCCCAGGAGAAUUGGGACCUCAGGGACCCCAGGGGCUAGUCGGCCCACCAGGAGAGAUGGGACCCAAGGGGCCACCAGGUGCUGUGGGAGAACCAGGCCUUCCUGGGGAAGCUGGGAUGAAGGGUGAUGUUGGGCCUCUGGGCACGCCUGGGGAGCAGGGCCUCAUUGGUCAGCGGGGAGAGCCAGGCCUGGAGGGUGAUCUUGGUCCUGCAGGGCCAGAUGGAUUGAAGGGGGACAGAGGCGACCCAGGGCCUGACGGUGAGCGUGGUGAGAAAGGCCAGGAGGGGCUGAAGGGUGAGGACGGCCCCCCCGGGCCUCCGGGGAUCACCGGCAUCAGGGGUCCAGAAGGAAAACCAGGGAAGCAGGGUGAGAAGGGCCGGACUGGGGCCAAGGGUACCAAGGGCUACCAAGGACAGCUGGGUGAGAUGGGCGUCCCUGGAGACCCUGGACCCCCAGGGACCCCAGGCCCUAAGGGGGCCCGAGGCAGCCUGGGACCCACGGGUGCUCCAGGACGGAUGGGGUCCCAGGGGGAACCCGGACUGGCUGGUUACAAUGGACACAAAGGUGUUGUAGGACCGCUCGGGCCUCCUGGGCCAAAAGGAGAGAAGGGGGAACAGGGUGAGGACGGCAAGGCCGAGGGGCCCCCGGGGCCCCCUGGAGAUCGGGGACCUGUGGGUGAUCGUGGAGAGCGUGGGGAGCCCGGGGACCCUGGAUACCCUGGUGAAAGUGGAUUACCUGGACAGCUGGGUCCUCCUGGUAAACGAGGGACAGAGGGCGGAAUGGGUCUUCCUGGAAGCCAGGGGGAGCCUGGAUCCAAAGGGCAGCCGGGCAACUCUGGUGAGAUGGGCUUUCCAGGAGUGGCUGGCCUGUUUGGACCCAAGGGACCCCCUGGAGACAUUGGCUUCAAAGGCAUCCAAGGCCCUCGUGGGCCUCCCGGCUUGAUGGGAAAGGAAGGCAUCAUUGGGCCCCUUGGAAUCCUGGGACCUUCAGGACUCCCGGGUCCGAAGGGUGACAAAGGCAGCAGAGGGGACUGGGGACUACAAGGCCCACGGGGUCCUCCCGGCCCCAGAGGGCAGCCUGGCCCACCGGGCCCUCCAGGGCAGACCGUCCUUUUUCAACGAGAUGACCUUGGGGCAGCUUUCCAGACGUGGAUGGACAUGGAUGGAGCACUCAGACCAGAGGAGUACAGCUAUUCCGACCAUCUGGUGCUGGACCAAGGAGGGCAGAUCUUCAAAACCUUACACUACCUCAGCAACCUCAUCCAGAGCAUUAAGACGCCCCUGGGUACCAAGGAGAACCCAGCCCGGGUCUGCCGGGACCUCAUGGACUGUGAGCAGAAGAUGGUGGAUGGUACCUACUGGGUAGAUCCUAAUCUUGGCUGCUCCUCCGACACCAUCGAAGUCUCCUGCAAUUUCACACAUGGUGGACAGACCUGUCUAAAGCCCAUCACAGCCUCUAAGGUGGAGUUUGCUGUCAGCCGGGUCCAGAUGAAUUUUUUGCACUUGCUGAGCUCCGAGGUGACCCAACACAUCACCAUCCACUGCCUUAACCUAACGGUGUGGCAGGAGGGCCCAGGGCACUCCCUGGCCAAGCAGGCCGUGCGCUUUCGGGCCUGGAAUGGGCAGAUCUUUGAAGCCGGGGGUCAGUUCAGGCCAGAAGUGUCUGUGGAUGGCUGCAAGGUCCACGAUGGCCGCUGGCACCAGACACACUUCACCUUCAGGACCCAGGACCCCCAGCAGCUACCCAUUGUCAGCGUGGACAACCUCCCUCCCGCCUCAUCCGGGAAGCAGUAUCGCCUCGAAGUUGGACCUGCGUGCUUCCUCUGACCUCUGGGUGCCUCUAGGCCUUCUGGGGAAGGAAAGAGAAUAAGAGGCAAGAGCAGGGCCCCUCUGCCUUCUGGGGAGGUUCCAGCUGCAAUCUUCUCAAUAGGAAUGGGUGGGGAGCAGCAGGCCCUGGGCUGGGCUUGGGAACAACUGAUCCUCAUGUAGCCCCACAAAGAGCCAGCCAGAACAAGUUGAGCUGCAGCCCGUCUGUGCCCCUCCACCUAUCUCCCAGCUCCGAAAGCUGUCCCUGCCCUCCCGGCUCCCUCCCCAAAGAGCCCCAUGCUGGAGCUGGCUUGAGGGAAGGUGGUAACUUGUCAGCUGGUCUCUGCCAGGGAGCUUUUGAUGUGCAAUAUUAGAAAAGGAGACAUGGAAAAGAGAGAGAGAGAGAAAAGAAGUAUAUAUAUAUAUAUAUAUAUAUAUAUAUAUAUAGUAAGAUAUGUUAUUUAAACAAACAGAGGUGUUACUAUUUUUUUUCACCUGGGAGAGAGAUAGGGAAGAGAAGAGCAGUGAGGGGGAGGGGAGAGUUAGGUGGUAAGGGAGGACGCAAGAUGGGGCUGGGGUACCCAGGCCAAGUUACCUCCCACUGUGAAUUCGCUGGUGCUCACAAUCAUCUUGUGUAGUAUAUGUUAUUGUGUUUUUAAGGGAAAAAAAACAAAAAGAAGAAAAACUCUAUUUAAGAUUCUGAAGGUGCUACUAUUUUUGCCAGAGACUUUGAUAGUGGGCAUUCAUCUACAUCUUUCUUCCUCCUCCAAAUGACCAAGAUUGGGGAAGUUCUGAUUUGCCUAGCAUGGCCCAUCCACUAAGCAAAGGGGGGAAGGGAGGGAUGAAAAGAAGAAAAAGUAAGCAGAAUGCACAACAAAACAAAAAGUCUAUCUGAAACGGGAAGUCAGAAGUCUAGCGCUCUCCUGUUAUCUUAUGGACUUUAACAUGACUCUCCUUUGAUGGAGCAUUUAGUCUUCAUCUUUGGUCAAGUGGUACCAGAGUGCUGGGCCUGUCCUGGAAGGCCUCGUGACCUACAUAGAAGAGAAGCCUUGAAGUUGAAGAAUCGAGUUCCAAAAGCAGCAAGAGGUCAGAGCCAGCCUUGGAGGCAGAAUGUAAAUACUGAACCACAUCAGCAGGUCCUGCCUCAGGAACCCCACCCCUGCAAACGCUGUCUACCUUCUUGCCUUCAACCCAUGUCAUGGCCCAUCAUGUUCUGCCUGCCCGUGACAAUCAGUGUGAUCAGAAUUGUCGCGUGUCAUGGAACAAAGGAAACCUGAGUAUGGAUUUUUGAAGUUAUUUUUUAACUAUGGACUUAUUUUUCUAGAAGGGGAAAGUGUCUGUGAAAGUCUCUGUGUAUUUCUAAGGUUGUGUCUCUUUGGGAAUUGGAUAUUAUUUUACUAUUUAAUGCUUCGCCCUGGCCUGCCCUUCCUACCACCUUUGUGCCCCACCUGCCACCCAGUCUGAGCGCUCUCUAGGAAAGGGCAUGUUUGUCCUAGCAGCUUACGCUCAUCUCAGCAGUGUCCCUUCAGCUGCCAGUCUUCCCUCAGCCUCCCUCAUUCUGGAUUCUUCCAUGUGCUCGUUUGUUUCUGUCCCUAUGUCAGUGUGUUCAAACCCAGUGGGUUCCCUUUCUCUUUUCCCCUUCUGGGUUUUAAAUAAAUACUUAAA